AUGGGGCUGUUUGCGCACAAGAAGGGUCACUCUGAUCGGUCCUCUCCGCCCAAAGUCAAGGUCGACCACCUGGGAUAUCCCAUAGGACCACCGCAAUAUCCACCUCAUUCCCAGCAGCAGCAAUGGCCAUCUCGAGUUCCUGUGUCGCAGGCUUAUUCCAAGCCUGUGCAAUAUUCGAACUAUCAGUCGACUCCUGUCGUCUGGAACGCUCCGCCGACAAGCACGGCAUUGUUGCCAUAUCAGGACCAUAAUGCUACCAGGCCUGUGGUGGUGAAUCAACACUACUAUGUCAAUGACCAACCGUCUCAACCAUACGGCUACACCAAUGGCUCUUCUUCUCACGCCAGUCAUGGACUUGACGUUGUCAGCAAACCCAAGUUCGGGUCUGUGGUGGACCUCGCCCAGGAACUAGUCCCUUCGAACUUUUGUCAGAGCUUCGACGAUGGUCUGCCGAGAUGGCACGGCCAGGCAACACAGCUCCUGAACCAGGGUGCUGCGCUAUACGAUCAGAUUCAGAACAAGUUCAAUGAUAUGAUGACCUUGAUUGACUGCGAGAAAUUCUCGGGGAACGAGAAAGAGUGGUCCCAGGAUCAGCCACUGUCGCUCCUACCACCGAAGGCAACACCUCUAGUUCCCGCAACGGAGAGAGGGCAUCCGAAGAAGACCAUGAAGAAUACGUCGGCGAAGGGUCAAACCACUGCUGUUGCAUCGUCGAUACUCUCGGCGGGAUAUGCUUCGAAAGUGGAUUUAUACGCAAACUCACGGCUGCCCUUGGAUCUCACGCCAUUGCGGCUAUAUAUGCCAACAUGGCCAUUGAUCAGCUUGGCCGCAAGAUACUCUGCAAGAGUUUACGAGAGGCCACGAGGGGCGGAGCGGGAUGCUUAUGUCGACGCAGACUGGAAGGCAGGUACGAAAGCCAUGUGUCUGAAGUCUGUGCCCAUGGACCAUAUGAACACGAUUGUGUUCGCCAUUCGUGGCACCGCAACUUUCAUGGACUGGGCAGUGAACCUGAACACAGCACCGGCAUCGCCAAAGGGCUUCCUGGAUGACACCAAGAACUGUUGCCAUGCAGGCUUCCUUUCGACGGCCAGAAAGAUGGUUAAGCCUGUGGCUUCGCGUCUUCGCCAACUCAUUGAGGAGAACCCACGUCGUUCAUCGUACUCUCUUCUCAUCACCGGCCACUCGGCGGGAGGCGCAGUAGCGUCACUCCUGUACUCGCACAUGCUCGCGACAUCUAAGAGUGCAUCGUCGGAACUUAAUCGUCUGACCGGGCAGUUCAAGCGGGUUCAUUGUAUCACGUUCGGCACACCACCGCUUUCCGUUUACCCACUUGCGAAACCGCAUCGCCACAGAUUGAAGAAUUCGUUGUUCUUGAGUUUCAUCAAUGAGGGCGAUCCUGUUGCAAGAGCAGACCGUGCCUACGUGAAAAGCCUACUUGAGCUAUACGUCACCCCUGCGCCAGUUCAUGUGGCGAAGGGGCCGGAUGACAAGCUCAGUCUGGUGACUGGUGCAGCACCAACGAAGCCAAGCAGGCCGAAGGAGAAGAUGUCUAAGUCGACGCUCGUAUCCAAGGCUUCCAAGUUAUCACUAAAAUCAGCUCACUCUUCGGCGUCGAAAUCCUCAAAGUCACCGAAGCCGGUGUGGCACGUGCCGCGGAGCACUCUUAGCAAUGCAGGUGUGAUUAUCAUCCUGCGGUCGGGAAAUCCAAAGUCGAAGACCAGGGGAAAGAAGACAGUGGAGCAACGGUUGAAUGAUGGUGUCAUUGCUCAAGUUGCCAACGACGAGCAGCUCAGGGGUGUGAUUUGGGGUGACCCUAUGUGUCACGUCAUGAAGCUAUACGCUGGUCGUGUAGAGAUCCUCGCGGUAGCUGCCGCCACAGCGCAAGGCUACUAA